CUGCUAACCCUGCAGAGUACAGGCUCUCUAUAAAAAGGCAAGCCAGCUGAGUCAACAGCCUUCACAGACUCUGUGGGAGCAGUCUGUGACUGACAUCUCUGCAGCACCUUGCCUGAAAGCAACCAGAGAGGGAGAAAAUGAAAUUUGCCCUCCAAGCCACUCUGUCCUUUGGGCUGCUGGCUCUGUGUCUUGCAUCUUCUUCUGUAAGAUGGUGCACAGUAUCCAAUGAAGAGCAGGAAAAAUGCCUAAGGCUGAAGAGCGAAUGCUUUUCCCAGCAACAAUCCAAGGGUUUUCCAGAACUGAUUUGUGUGAGGAAGACUGAUCACCAGGAGUGCAUAGUUGCUAUUAAAAACUCAGAAGCAGAUGCCAUCACUUUAGAUGCUGGUCUUAUUUUAGAAGCAAGCUUGAACCCUUAUUAUCUAAAGCCUGUUGUAGCUGAACUUCAUAAAAGAGACUCAGGAGUAUCUACUACUAGUUAUUAUGCCAUUGCUGUUGUGAAGAAAGGAACUAUUUCUUCAUUAGAAGAUCUCAGAAAGAAGAAAUCUUGUCACACUGGUUUUAAAAGAUCUGCAGGCUGGAACAUCCCAAUAGGAACUUUACUGAAACUGAAUUUGAUGCAGUGGGAUGGAACAUCAAUGGAACCUGUAGAAAGAGCUGUGGAAAGAUUUUUUGUUGCUAGUUGUGUCCCGGGUCUCAACCCUGUAUCAAAUCUGUGCAGUAUUUGUGAUGGAAACUGUGACUGGAAUGAUCCCUUUGUUGGAUAUGCAGGAGCUUAUCAGUGUCUGAAGUCUGGAAAAGGAGAUGUGGCUUUUGUGAAUGAGGCAAUUGUAUUAGCUGAUAGUCCAGAAGAAAGAAGCAAGUAUGAGUUACUUUGUCUUGAUGGCACCAGAAAGCCUGUUGAACAAUAUGAAUCCUGUCACUUGGCUAGAGUGUCGUCUCAUGCUGUGGUGGCACGAACUGUGGAUGGCCGGGCAGACAAAAUCUGGGCACUCCUCUCUUAUGCACUGGAACAGAACAAGCAAGACCAAUCAAGGUGCCAACUGUUUGCCUCCCCUCUUGACUCUGGCAAAGAUCUCCUGUUUAAGGACAGCACAUUCAGUCUUGUUCAAGUGCCUGAAGGAGCAGAUGCUGAACUUUACCUGGGUCCUAAGUACUGUGCUGCAAUAAAGAAUCUCAAAAGAGAGAGAUCUGAUCCAGAUCCUGGUACCACAGAAAGAAUUGUGUGGUGUGCAGUGGGCAAGGCUGAACAGAAAAAAUGUGAUGUGUGGAGUGGACAGAGCAAUGGUGACAUUGAAUGUGCUGUUGCAGAAACUACAGAAGACUGCCUUGUCAAAAUCAUAAAAGGAGAAGCUGAUGCCAUUACCUUGGAUGGAGGGCAUGUCUACACUGCAGGAAAAUGUGGCCUUGUCCCAGUAUUGACAGAAAUCCCUUCUGAAGAUUCUGCUGCAUGCAUAGAUCCCACGAAAGGUACAACAGUUAAAGGCUACACUGUUGUAGCUGUUGCUAAGGAAAAAGACACUGAAAUCAACUGGACCAAUCUGAGAGGAAAAAAGUCCUGUCAUACUGGUGUUGGUAGAACUGCUGGCUGGAAUGUUCCCAUGGGCCUUUUAAACAAACAAAAUAAUCUUAGUUGUAACUUUGAUCAAUUCUUCGAAGAAAGCUGUGCGCCAGGAGCACCUCCUGAGUCUCCAUUGUGCAAACUGUGCAAAGGCAGCGGUGGUGAAGGUAGCCUCUCUCAGAAAUACAAGUGUAAACCUAACAGCAAUGAAAUAUUCUAUGGUUAUAAAGGUGCUCUUCGAUGCUUGAUUGAAGCAGGAAAUGUAGCUUUUGUUAAACAUACCACCAUCACUGAGGUCACAGAAGGUGAGAACAAACCUGCUUGGGCAAGUGGCUUAACGGCUUCUAAUUUUGUUCUUCUGAACCUAAAUGGUGAACGAUGUCGUCAUGAUGAAUAUAUUAGAUGUCACUUGGCCCAAGUUUGCAAUCAUGCAGUAGUAUCAAGACCUGAACGAGCAGAAGUGGUUAAAAAGGUGGUACUUGAGCAACAGAAACUAUUUGGAAGCCAUGGAACUCAGAAAGAUGUCUUCCAGAUGUUCCAAUCUGAAGCCAAAGAUAGUUUGUUCAAAGAUGGCACAGAAUGCUUAGCUGCACCAAGUGAAGAUACCUUUGAAAAAUAUCUUGGGGAGGAAUAUCUGCAGUCUCUUGAAGGACUUGCCAAAUGUUCAUCUUCAGAACUCCUUAAGGUCUGCACCUUCCACACUCAUGACUGGUGAAUAUCAAGUUCUUGCAGUGAAAUGAAAUGGAUGCUUCACACUUACUUGCCCCAAGUUGACAAAAGUCUACUUACUUUAUUCUUCUUUAAUACCAACAAUCUGUUAAACUUUCCAUUAUGGCUUUGUAACUCUGUAGAGUCACUAGUGCAAAAAAUAAAUAGAAUUAACAUCUACAGUUUAA